AUUUUAUUUAUUUUAUUUUGUUUAAUUUUUUUUCUUUUUUUCAUGUUGACAAAGCAUCAAUGAUUAGAAUAAAUCAACAAAAAAAAAAGAAGAAACAACUAAAGACACGAGAAAUCAAUAAAGAUGAACGAAAGACAUACAAAUUAGAGGAUAUUAUUCGAAUACCACUUGGAUUAUUAUGCAAUCAAAAAUACUUUUGGCAUUUGACCACGAUUUUCUUAUUGGGAGAAUUUGUAUUGAGUACAUUGAUAAUUCAUCAAGUUAGAUACACUGAAAUUGAUUGGAAGGCAUAUAUGCAAGAGGUAGAAGGGUUUUUAAAUGGUGAACGUAAUUAUAUAAAUCUAAAAGGCGAUACAGGACCACUUGUAUACCCUGCCGGGUUUGUUUAUGUCUAUUCGUUAUUAUACUAUGUAACAAACAAAGGUCAGAAGAUCCGACUAGCACAAUAUAUUUUUGAAGGCAUUUACUUGGCUAGCCAGUUCGUUGUAUGUGCAAUUUAUCGACAAUCAAAGAAAGUACCACCUUAUGUUAUAUUAUUACUAGGAUGCUCAAAGAGAUUCCAUUCCAUCUUUUUACUAAGAUGUUUCAAUGAUCCAGUGGCUAUGCUAUUUAUGUUUGGAUGCAUUUUAGCUAUGACAUAUCGACGCUGGACAUUAAGUACCCUAUUGUUUAGUAUAGCACUCUCUAUUAAGAUGAAUGUAUUACUAUUCUUUCCAGCUUUUGGUAUCAUUCUAUGGCAAGCAUUAGGGGCUUACAAGACAAUGGGUCAAUUGGGGUUGAUUGUAUUGAUACAAGGCAUGUUAGCUUACCCUUUUAUAGCUGAGUAUCCAGUAUCCUAUUUCUCUAAAGCAUUUGAAUUUAGUCGUAUAUUUGACUAUCAAUGGACAGUGAACUGGAGAAUGAUGUCUGAAGAAACAUUUGUUUCAGAAUGGUUUUCCAAGCAACUAUUAUAUGGACAUGCUUUAACAUUAUUGAUGUUUAUUAUAUUUAUUUGGUGUGAGCCUAAAGGAGGGUUAAUAUAUGUAUUUAAACAAGGAUUCUCUGGUCACUAUAGAAAUUUGGUAUCAUUAUCAAAUGAUGAAAUCAUAUCAAUGAUGUUUACUAGUAAUUUUAUUGGUAUUAUCUUUUCGAGGUCUUUACAUUACCAGUUCUAUUCAUGGUAUUUUCAAACACUUCCUUAUCUUUUAUGGCAAUCAUCCUGGCAAACGACAGGAAGAUUAACAUCAACUGCAAGAAUUUUGAUUUUUGUUACUAUUGAAGGGUGCUGGUUAACAUUUCCUUCAACAGUGAAAAGCUCUUGGACACUUAUUGCUUGUCAUCUUUUGAUUCUUUUUGGAGUAUAUGGUAAUGCUCCUGGAGCUGAUUAUAAAAUGCCGUCAUUAUUAGUACAAUAAUAGAUAUAUACAUGUACAACUUAAAGAAGGAGUAAUAUAAUAUAAAUUAAAUAUACAGAUUCUAAUAAAUCAUUGUUAUAUAAAA